ACGCGUCAUGCCAAACAUCGGUUGUGCCGUACUUGUUCACGAGUUGAGUGUGGACAGAAAAAAUAACAACGGACAAGAUGAGGCCCAUACAGGACGGAGUGGGUGCUAAGGCCACUGUACCCUGAUUUUCCAGGCUGAGCCGUGAUUGGUAAUGGACCAGGAGGGGGAGAGGAAGCGAAUUAACUCCAAAAAGCCAGACAGGGGCAGGGCACUCCCUAGAAGGCAGCAAGUGAAUGGGGAGCAGGACAAGAAAGGAGAGCCGGUGAAGGAAGUGGCCCUAUGCCCCUUUACUAGCGAGGAGCCCAAGAGGCAGGCUCAGGGCAAGGUAGAGCAAGUCCCCUUGAGGUUGAUGGGUCAGGGAGGGCGGAAAAGCAGAGUGAGAGGAAAGGGAGGCAGGUCAAGGAUAAGGGAAAGAAGGGUAAGGGUACUGGGGGAAGCAAAAUGAAAAGGGACAGGGAAGGUAGUGAAAGUCAGAAGCAACUGGACGGUGAGAGAGAGGUGAGUCAGGGGAUUAGUGAUGGGGAGAAAAAAAACAAACAAGCAAUCAAGGGAUGGCAUUGAAAGAGGGAGAGGCAGGAAAUAAGAAGGGAAAUUAUUUUGAUCCUUUGGAAUACCUUGUCUUGGACAGACCUCAGAGCUGUUCUCAUAAGGAAAACAUGCAGGACAUCCAAACUGAACUCUGUAUUUCUAAACUUUCACUUGGUGAAGCUGUAGUUAGCCCGCUAGGAGAGAGAGACUCUGGUAUGGGUUUGACAGUGAAGGAGCCCUUAGCAGUGAGUACAGGUAAGGAAGAGGGUGUCUGCCCUGGGACAGGGCUGGAAGAAGGACAAGAUGAAGGGGGGAAGAGUAACAUACACACAAAGCCUUCCCAAGGUACUCCAGAUUGUUCCAGCACAGAAGGGACAGGUUUGCAGACUGAGGAGACUUGGUUUGUUGAGAAGAUACUGAAUGGAGACUCGGGAACUUUGGAACAAAGUUCACAUUCUAUCAGUACAGCAUUGAGGGAGGAGCCCAGUGACCAGGAGUCAGACAGCUGGGACACACUAUUUAACGAUGAGGGAGAUUGCCUGGACCCCCAUCUACUAGAGGAGUCUUUCUUUCAGAUAUCACAAAAUCAGGGGAAGGUAAAGAAAUCCGUCCAGGAGCCCCGAUUUGAUUAUUACAACUGGGAAGUUGAAUCUGAGGUGGAGCUCAGAGAGGAUGAGUUGUCCCACAUUGUUGAGAUCUACGAGUUUCCUUCAGAGUUCAAAACUGAGGAUCUGCUCCGUUCUUUCAACAGCUUCCAGCAAAAGGGUUUUGAUAUUCAAUGGGUGGAUGACACUCACGCACUGGGACUCUUUUCUAGCCCCAUAGCCGCACGAGACGCCCUGAGAACAAAACACCCGAUGCUGAAGGUCCGCCCGCUGUCACAGGCGUCUGCUGUGACCAAAGCUAAGGCCAGGGGAUGUUCAGAUUACCUCCUGCCUGCAAAGGAGCGCCCCAAGACAAGUGCGGCUCUGGCCAGAAGGUUGGUUAUUGGGGCGCUGGGCAUCCGGAGCCCCCAGAGCCGAGAGCAUAAGGAUGCAGAGAAGAAGAAACUGCAGGAGGCCCAUGAACAAAAGCGAUUGGCGGCCAAACAGCGUGAGGAUGCUUGGGAGGGAAAAUGACCAGUUUUUUUGUACAUGGCUGAUUGUUGGGAAAGGAUUUCCAGAUACACGUUGGUUUGCUGGAACUCAGAUGACUCCUUUUUCUUUUCAUGGGGGGAGGUUGGUUAGUUGUGGGUUGCAUGUAUCCAAUAUUAAGUUAGGUGGGAUUUGCACAUGUUUUAUCCUGAAGCACAGUCCAGUUUUACCCACUUCCCAACCAAUCACUUUGCUCUAGACUCUGGUCCAAGUUGCUUCUGUCUUUCAGCUCCCUUUAAGGUCAUACUGCAUCUUACAUUUCCUCAAAGACUUCUCUCCAGUCACCAGGCCAUACCGAAUAAAAACUAAGCCACACUGACUCCUACUUGAUCACCAUAUCAAUCCAUAUAGCUGGCUGAUUAUACACAGUCUACACUACAGUAUACACAUAACGUUCAUUGAGUGGCUGGGUACACAUAUCAGUUUGUGAAAAAAGGGGGAUUGUUAGUUUGAAGAUGGUUCUAUGCAUUUCACACAUCACGCUAACCAGGACACUUUGAAUGAUUAAACAAAAGUACACAGACUUUCCAAGUGCUUCAGAUUAUUUUAUUGAUUACAAGUCAUUGUUAAAGUAGGUUUUUGUAGGGACAUCAUUACUGGAAGAUUAUUCUACAACAGGUAAGAAUCUGAAGCUGCGUUUCCACUGUCCAGACUUAGUUCUGGUAGUUGUUUUUGGUAUUUUUAACACAAAUUAAAUAUUCCUAAUAGCGUAAAUUCUUACCUUUUAAUUGUGGGUUCUACAUGAAUGCACCUGUACAGGGCAACACUGGGCAGUGGAAAUGGAGUUUAGGAGAUUAUUGUACUGUAGAGUUAGUGCUUAGCAUUUUCCCCAAGUGUUGUUGAACACAGUCUAAAAUAUACUAAAGAGCAAACACUGAGCUUUUUUUAAAAAAUAAAAACACUUAUUUAUUUGCAUUAAGUAGCACUUUAGAAAGUAUUUAGUUGAAGUCAUAUUUAAAAAAAAAAAGUCCUUAAUACAGUACAAAAACAAUCACAUUGAUUUAGUACCAAACUUUAUAUAAUAAUAAUAAUAAUAAUAAUAAUAAAAUUUUAAGCAUUAAGCAAGCUUUGUGUAAAGGAAAAACAAAAAAAUUUGGCAUUCAUGUCAAGCAAGCUAUUUUAUUGCACGAGUACCAGUGUAAUCUGUUCUAGAAAGGAUUGCAUCACUUCUUGUGGAUAAGUCAUCACUGACCUGGAGGUGUUGUGGUUCAUCCACGGACCUGCAUAAAGUACUGGACAUCUCUGUCUAAUCUACAGCGCAGAAGUGAUUUUUAAGUGCGGAACUGUGGUGCUUAACAUAAACAUUACUGCUUUUCAGAAACAUCAGGGAAGGACAAAUCAAGAGUUUACUUUUUUGUUUUGUUUUACGCUGCAAUAUGUACUUCUGAAAAUAACUUUCAACGGCGAGGUCGAGUCGUUUAAAAAAAAAUACACUAUAUAGGUUUUCUGUAAGGUAAUAGCCAAUGAAAAAAAAAAAAAAAAAGGAUUUGCCUAAACUUAAAUCUGUAGACGCUAUUUGCCAUAAAUGGACCAACAUAUUGCCAGAAUGUAUUUUGAUUAAAAUCAAUAAAAUAUGAUGUCUUAA